AUGGAGGAGCAUGGACGGACAUGGACAUGGGGAAGUGCAAGAGACGGGGGAGGAGAGAAACGAAGUAUCCAUCACCUUCUCGGGGAUGCUAUUGCUGUCGGCCGUAGACACAGAGUACGCAUGAUGCACAUUCGGGGUUCCGUUGGUAUCAUAAUAACACAACAGAAAAAGGAUGAGGGGGAUUUUUGGAUAUGCCACGCAAACCCCCUCACACAAGUCCACGUCCACGUUGUGACACAGGCUUGGGCACAGUACAUGCAGUUGGACAACAACAAAGAAAGGACAAGCACAAGCACAAGCACAAAAUUAGAGGGUAUCUGUGCUACUGCUACUGCUACUGCUACUGCUACUGCUACAGUGCAGCUCUACCAGGACCAGGUUGUUGUCGUCCCGGCACCGGCGCUGAGAGCUGAAAAAGGUCAUUUAUUACAUAUAAGCAGGGACAAGGGUCAACAUCAAGACAAGACAUGA